UAUUCUUUGUCAAAUCUCAACAUUUUUAUCUUUUUUUUUUUAGAUUAAAUACUCUAAUUCUUCCAUAAAGUAUCUUUCUUAAAUUUUUACUAAAUCGCACACAUUAUCUGAAUUGCAUGUAUCAAAAUAUCAGAGAAACAUUUUUAUUUUUAAUUGCCCUUUUCAAAUUCAAAGAAAUGAAAUCGAUUGGCACGUGUCGUGAAUUAUCUCAUCAAUGUUUUUGCAUCCGGAGAUCGUUCUCUUUAUCGGUUAUGUAUAGGUAUUUUUAUAAAUUGCUCGUCUCGGCGCUGUGAUGAAAAAAUGAGCGAGUUCUUGCGGAGUAGGGGUAGAUUAUUGAUUUCUGUACGGGGGAUGCUACAGGGGACAGAGGGUUGGAUGGGUAGAUAGGUGGGUGGGAUAGAUGCUGUGUCGGGGUGUCUCUCGCUCGCGCGUAUAUACCUGCGGGAGAGUCUACAGGGGGUAUAAAUAGAAAGGGUAGUUGCACCGUUGACCCAGUGUUGGGUUGACACACGGUCAGUUCAGUCACUCGAGGCAUCACAUAUACUCUUUCUCUCUCUCUUCCUCUGUUUCCAUCGCGCCGCACAAUCGUCGUUGUCGCUGUCUUCUGCCGAUUUUUUAUUUGUGAAUUGUUCAACAAAAAUACUAACACGAUCUCGAGUUCGCUCAAAUAUUUGUUAGUCUACUAAGUCAAUCCAACGCAAUCUUGAGCACUGCCCUUUCAUACUUGAUUGUUUCUUUCAAGUAUGGUACUUUUUAAUUUGAAGAAUCAUCAGACAGCUGGUAUCGCCUAGUGCUUCUUUGUCGAAGAGAUAUCUUUAUCACAUUGACGUUAAUAAAACAGCGUGUUUGUACGUGUGUGUUUAUCGCACAAAACUAUUUGUUACAUCUUGUAUAAGGGCGUAUUCUCCUUCCUCUGUCAUCGGAUGCGCGACGAAAUCAUUCAAACUUAUCGUCAUACUGUCAAAGUACCAUCGAUCAAUUGAUGUGCAACGAGAAUCAGGCCUUAGCAGCAAUUAAUUUUCUCCAAGAAAGUAAAAUAAUUUUUCGACUAGACGGUUGUGUUUAUCAAAGGGCGUAGAGAUCCCAAUAUUGUGCGAUACGAAACGGGAAUUAUACUAGUGAUCAGCGAAGUUUGCUCUCGUUCUCCGUUUGUGAGAAAAGAUGUCAGAUACAACAGGAAUCACGCAAGGAAUGGGCAAUCCUUAUAAGAUAGUCGAUCACACUAGAGAACGAAGAAAGGGCAUCACCGCUUCGUCGCUGAAAGAGUUGACCAACAUCGCACGCAAUCGUUUGGCAUUUCCCGUUGACGCAGAUCUGACAAUUGUACUCGAGCAGGAUGGGACAGAAGUAGAUGAUGAAGAAUAUUUUGCUACAUUAGAAAGGAAUACAAGCUUGAUGGUGUUAGGUGGUGAUCAAAAAUGGAUCGCCGCGGGGAGUAGCAAGACAGCGUCCCGUUAUAUCGUUGUAGAUGAUGUAGAUGCAGAGGGUAGUUCAAGAACUGAUAAAAUUCGACGGCGGCGAAUGCCCAUAGAGCCUUUGGUAUCGUCGUUACAUGGCGAUCCAUCGCAUAUCUCGCUUCUUGGAGGAAACGACCUAGAAUUACUUAGUGAUAUGGAUCCUGAUAGUUUAGCUGAUAUAGUGCCUGAUAGACUUUUCCUCGAGCAACUCAAGGAAGCUUCAGGUAGAUUUCUGGCAGAAAAGCGACAAGCACAAGAAUCUAUGGCCCUUCUUCAGAUGUAUGCAAGUGGUGGUGAGAUGGAGCGAGCGUAGGCCAUGUGGGGGGUGGGCGCCCUCACAUUGGCUAAUAUGUAUAGAGUGCGACGUCGCAUAUUCUAUAAAGGUCGCCAACUGCAACAAACUUUAAUCCUAUUCUGGAAUUGAGCCCAUUUAAAUUUUUCUUUACAAUAAUAGAGUGUAACUGAGAAAAUACACAAAUAUUAGUUGUUAACAAAACUGAUACAUAUAUCAAUAAUGAAGAUCUCACAUUCUCUCUCGAUCAUAUGAAGAACAUGAAGAAGAGAAUCAUAAAGAUAAAAGAAAACUGUACAGAAAUUAAAUACAAAUAACUUAUUAUUCGCUCUCGGGAAUUUAGUGCUAUAAUAAUAAUCAUAGAAGUUUUGUCUCAUAUAUAGGGAAAAAUAAUAUAAUUCUAAGUUUUUUGUAGAAUUUUUUUAAUCUAUAUAUACAAUUCAGUGGCACAACUAUGCUUUGGCAAUAUUUUACAUCCUUUAGUGAGCGUAUGGAAUUGCUUUAAUACAACAGAAGAUACCUUACUAUACUGAUAGAAUUAUAUACACGUGCAAUUUAGCUGCUAAUUUAUCUGAAUAUACAUAUAAGAAAGGAAGCUGUGCAUAAAUAACAUUUUUUUGAAGUGAAUAUUCCGUCGCCGCGUUGCCAUAUCAAGUUUUAGCAGAAGGUAUUUCGUUUAUGAGAUUUUUGUACUUAGAUACUGUCAUACCGAGAUUUAGUUCAACGAAGAUUGAUGGAAUAUUUAAGACUGAAUUUAUAGAGAAAACGAAAACCAUCCUCAUAAAAUCACUAAUUCAUUGUACACUAACAUUAGCGACAUAAUAGCAACAACAAAAAAAAGUCGAUAUCAGCCCUUUGAUACCAAGCAAAAUUGUGCUAUUUGAUAAAAAACAAAAACGAGAAAAUCUGCAGUAAAGAAAUAGGUAUUUCUAGCAAGAUUAUACAUACACAUAGUUAUAGGUACUAAAUAUUAUUCCACAAUUAAAGAAUUAUAUAAUAGAAUCUAACAAAAGCAAGUCAUAUUUAUAUUCAUGUGAUCUUCGAAAGUUAUAAAUUAUGAAGAUAAAAUACAUAUAAUACUUACAAUACUUAUACAUUUUUUAAAACCGUAAUAAGAAAGUGUAUGUCUAUUCUUUGCAGAAAUGCCUUUUCAAUAUAUCGUAACAUGUGUUCCUUGAUAUUUAUAUUGUAACAUAAUUAUCAUAUCUCCUAUGCACAUACAUUAACCAAUAUACAUAUACAUUUACAUCGGAAUGCACAUAUACCAACACCGCAUUUAAAUUCACGGAAAUGAAAAGCGCAACAAUCAGCAUUAGACUAUUUGUUGUCGAUCGGAUCUAUGUUAAAUCAGAUGCAAUAUUCGGUUCCAUAAAUCGAUCUUAGGGUAUUAGUUUAUAAUGAAUUAAAGUGAUUGAAAUUUUCUCAAAAUGAAUGAAGAAAUGUUAGAAAAUAUAUAAAGAAGACACAUUAAAUAAUACUGCCAGAGUUAAAAGAAAAAUCGAUUAAUGCUCAAAUAAUAUCUCUGAUCAUAGAGAGGAUCUUGCGCAUCUCUUUCAUACCCGCAUCUAAUGCGCGGUAUCACGAAAAUAGCAUGUUCUAUAUUAACACAUGUCAUAUUACUCAUUGUUAUCAAGUAAAUUUUAAGAAUAAAAAUACGCACUAA